AUGGAAGCGGGACAGAUGUUAUCUACGAACACGCUAUGGGAGGUGGCCGCCAACAAGCUGGACACCUGGGUCAUGGAGAAUCUGCAGCCCAGCACGGAUUUCACAAAGAACGUGAAGGAUACAGUGGAUAAGAUCUGCACCUUCCUGAAGGAGUCCUGCUUUGAGAAAGACAUCCGUGUCCAGAAGACUGUCAAGGGCGGCUCGGCGGGCAAGGGCACAGCCCUGAAGAACAACUCCGAUGCCGACGUGGUGCUCUUCAUCAACUACUUCUCCAGCUAUCACGUGCAGAAGCAGAACAGGGAGAGACUGCGUAUCCUGGAUUUGAUCAAGCAGAGGCUUGAGCAGAAGGAGAGACUGGACUUCACUGUCAGCAUCACUGAACCCCGAUACAAGGGUCCCAACAAUGCACCACGCUCCCUCAGCUUCACCCUCUACUCCAACUCGGAGUCCAUUGAAGUGGACAUUCUUCCUGCUUAUGAUGCCUUGGGGAAUGUGAAAAGGGAUGACCCUCCAGACCCAAAUGUGUUCGUGGGGCUUCUGGACAUUGGCAGUAGCCCUGGGGAGUUCUCUCCCUGCUUCACUGAGCUGCAGAAGAUGUUUGUGAAGCGUUGCCCUGCCAAGCUGAAGAACCUUGUGCGCCUGGUCAAGCAUUGGUAUAAGGAGAUGGUGAAGCCACAGCACCCCAACGAACACCUGCCCCCCAAGUAUGCCUUGGAGCUGCUGACCAUCUACGCCUGGGAGGAGGGCACGGGCUCGAGCGACAGUUUUGUCACAGCUGAAGGUUUCCGUACGGUGCUGGAGCUGCUGUGUCAGCACCAGAAGAUCUGCAUCUACUGGGAGAAGUUCUAUUCGCUCAAAGACAACCGGACCGGUGACCACGUGAAGAGACUGCUAGGCAGUCCCCGCCCCGUGAUCCUGGACCCGGCCGACCCCACAGGGAUUCUGGGCCAAGGUACAAGGUGGGACCUGCUGGCACGGGAAGCUGCCUCCUACUCAGCACAGCUGCCCUGCAUCAAGCACGUCCGGCCCUGGGCUGUACAGCCAGCCCGGCCUGUGGAGAUUGAGGUAAGGCAGCUGACAGGCAUCAGACUGAGCAAGACUGUCAGCCCGAGCAUCACCAUCUGGCAGCUGAAGGAGGAGAUCGAGAAGGUGUGUGGUAUCUCCCCCCACAGGCAGCGCCUGGCAUGGCAGGAGGCAGGCAGGACCACCGUUGUCCUGCAGGACAGUGAGACCCUGGCCACUCAUGGCAUCUUCUAUAACACCAUGCUGAGUCUGCUGCAGAUCGAGCCCAAGGAGAUGGAGAUCUUUGUGAAGGGCAAUCAGACCACCACCUACAGGGUGCUGCCCACCCUAACGGUCCUGCAGCUGAAGGAGAUGAUUCACAGACAGCGUGGGCCUCCCCCUCCUCAGCAGCGCCUGCAGUACGACUCACAGGAGUUGGAGGACCAGCACACACUGGCACAUUACAGAGUUCAGCCCAGGAGCACCAUCUACCUGCUCGGGAAGCUCCGGGGUGGCUCUGGUCCCCUGCCCAGCCCUUGUGUUCAGCCCCAUGAGGGUCUCCUGCCCACAGUCUUCCCUGGGUGA